AUGACCAAUGUAUAUAUCUUGAAAAAUAUCAAUAAUAAAGAUAAUGAUUCCUUUAAGGGGGUCAGACAACGACUUGGUGGUACAUAUGAGCAAGAGCUUAAAGAAAAAUUAUAUUCUGCUAUUAAAUCUAAAGCCGAAAUUAAUGAUCUCAGCGAAAAGCUGCUUGAAGUCAAAUAUACUGCUAAAAUCCAAUCGCUCAAAUCAGAGAUUAAAACACUGAAGAGAAAGGCGACUUUGGCCCAGAAAGCUUCAUCCGCUGACAAGGUCCAGAUUCUUUCUCUUGAAACUAAAAUACGUGAAUUGGAAGGUAAGUUGGAGGACAUAGAUCUAGAGCGUACAUAUCAUGAUUUGGAUGUAAUGGGAGAGGUGAUAGAGGAGCCAGUCCAAAUAAGCUUAUCCGAUCCUAAAGAGAUUGAUUCUCUCAGGCUUGAAUUGGAACAGUUAGAAUUGAAGGAAAAUAAUGAAAUACCCCCUCCACCCCCGCCUAUGAAUGAUUCAUCUCAAAUUAUUUCUGUAGAUGGCGCAGAAACGGUAUCUUUACCAUCAGCUAUUCCUAUCGUUGCGAGCUCCUUGAUGUCGCCUGCUAAGCCGAAAGAAAAAAGUAAUACCAAGUAUUCUCCUAAUUGGAACUAUUUUUUAUCGUCUCCGAACAUUUCUGAGGCUGGGAUUUAUGAUCAGAGGCCAGAAGUUCGAAGAUAG